AUGUUCCUCAGCACCCUCCCAUUGGAUUUUGUGGUGAUCCGUGCUGGCAUGCCUACCAAUCUCCGUUCCACUGCGAUUGCCCGCUUCAAUGACCCCGGUUCAUCCACGCAGGCCCUUGUGACCACAUACAAUUGCGGUGCGACCGGUCUCAAUAUGCACUCGCAGUGCAGUCGAAUUAUCCUCGUGGAGUCCGCGCUGAACCAUAACUCUCUCUUCCAGACCAUUGGACGUAUCCACCGCCGUGGUCAACGCGAGGAGCAGCGUGCGUGGGUACUUUUUAUGGACCACACCAUUCAGAGAUAUAUGGAGUUCAACAAUACCACAAAGGUCCUCCCGCAGAUUGCUGCACAAUACCGCCCCUUCCUAGAGAAACAGAUCUCACCGUCAGUCGAUAAUCGUGACGAUACAAUUGAGCGACUCGCCAAUCAGCUGCUGAACCACAUGCUUGGUAUAGGUCCGGAUUGUGUGAAUCGGUUGAAGAUGGAAGACUACAAAGACCUAGGUUUGGAAGGUAAAAGCAAGAGUGGCCGGCAAUUCUCCUUGCGUGGCUCCAGUAAACGGCUGGCCAGCGAUCCCGCCUCCCCAGGCGCCUCGACCCACAAACGGGCAGCCACCGACCUAGCCUCCCCAUCUUUGCUGUCGACCUGA